UCUGUCUUCCAUUGGUUCCCGGGGCUCCCCGGCUCACUAUCUCGCCACUUGGUGCGUCUCUUCCCCCGGGAGUCGGGAACUGAGCCCUCAUGGCUGAGGUGAAAGUGAAGGUGCAACCGCCCGACGCGGAUCCGGUGGAAAUAGAAAACAGGAUUAUAGAAUUAUGUCACCAGUUCCCUCAUGGAAUUACAGACCAAGUAAUUCAGAAUGAAAUGCCUCAUAUAGAAGCCCAGCAGCGGGCAGUGGCCAUUAAUAGAUUAUUGUCCAUGGGUCAGUUGGAUCUCUUAAGGAGCAAUACAGGCCUUUUAUAUAGAAUAAAAGACUCUCAGAAUGCUGGUAAAAUGAAGGGAUCAGAUAACCAAGAAAAACUAGUAUAUCAAAUCAUAGAGGAUGCAGGAAAUAAAGGAAUAUGGAGCAGAGAUAUCCGAUACAAAAGUAACUUGCCAUUAACAGAAAUCAACAAAAUUCUGAAGAAUUUGGAAAGUAAAAAGCUUAUUAAAGCUGUUAAGUCAGUAGCAGCCUCAAAAAAGAAGGUGUAUAUGCUCUAUAACCUGCAGCCAGACCGAUCUGUGACUGGUGGAGCCUGGUAUAGUGACCAAGAUUUUGAAUCUGAAUUUGUAGAGGUGCUUAACCAACAGUGUUUUAAAUUCCUGCAAAGCAAGGCAGAAACAGCACGAGAAAGCAAACAGAAUCCAGUGAUACAAAGAAAUAGUUCAUUUGCUUCAUCACACGAAGUGUGGAAAUAUAUCUGUGAACUGGGGAUCAGUAAGGUAGAGUUGUCCAUGGAGGACAUUGAAACUAUCCUGAAUACACUCAUUUAUGAUGGGAAAGUGGAGAUGACUAUCAUUGCUGCAAAAGAAGGUACAGUUGGCAGUGUAGACGGACACAUGAAGCUGUACAGGGCAGUCAAUCCCAUCAUCCCGCCCACAGGUUUGGUCCGGGCACCCUGUGGACUCUGCCCGGUGUUUGAUGACUGCCAUGAAGGUGGUGAGAUUUCACCAUCUAACUGUAUUUACAUGACAGAGUGGCUUGAAUUUUAAUAGAAAGUUAUGAACUUUACUGACAUUUUGCAAAUGAAGUUACUUUGGGAGAAGAUAAUUUAAUCACGAUGGAGCAUCAAAUCUCCUUGAAAGCAAACUUCAUAAUAAUCAAUAUAGACUUGCUGCUAUGAAAACAUUUUUUUUUAUUUAUGCGGACUAAAUUUAUAUUGGUAAAGUAGCCAACAGAAUAUGAAACAAAUAAGGUUAGUAGUGAAAUCCAUUCUUCAGCAAAUAAAAUACUUUGAAAUUCUGGAGGAUCACAUCUUCUGAAGCUUCUGAGAAUUUUAAUGGGUCAAGGAAAAAUAAGCCAACAAACCUAUAUUUACCAAGUACCAGGAUUAUGGCUAGAGUGUAAAUAUGUUCUAUUUAAAGUUA